UAUAAAGAGUCAGGAUGUAGAUCGCAUCUGCUAACAACCUUGCCUCAUGGCAGGCGCCAGGUUGAUGGAACUUAAAAUCUUGUACUUUUGCUCCAAGGAAGGAGGCACGCUUACAAAUUAUACCAUAACCAUUCCUUAAAAACACUACAACAGUAGUUGCAUUAGUCAAAAAUAUCUUAGCUUCCUCUGCAACAGUGCGAAGAACAGAGCCAAUUUUCAGAUCAUCUCUUUUCCAGUCCAAUUUGCCUAAAUUUUUCACUUCAUUAACUUUCUCACAGAUUUCAGGCCACUUGUUCUUUAGCUUGACAUAAAGAGCUCUUCUUAGACCUUUAAUUUUCUCACCAGUAAGAGCAGCGAUAUAGUGAGAUACAUGUAUUUCAUAUGUGUCUCUUACACAUUAUCCACAAAAUUGGUAUUUACAAAAUAUCUGUAAGAAUUCGGACUGCUCCAUUGACUUCGCCUGUAUUGCUUGCAGUUGUAUCACAGCAUAAACCAAUGAUCUGUUCUUUACAUCCGUAAUAUUCUAAAAGAUUGUGCACUUGUUCUGUUUGGUCAACUCCCUUUGAAGUGGAACAUUGAACAACACCUAAAAGAUGGUCUUCCAUGGUAUCGUCAUCCGGGGAACUCACUGAGACUGCAAGUUGCUUGAUUUUUUGAAUUAUGUUAAGCCCAGUGGUAAUUUGUUCCAACAGUUUGGUAUCAAAAUGAAAAAUAAGCUGUCGGCCUUUAAGAUGAUUAGUUAUUGAAAUCCACUCCAAGUCUCCUUUAAGUUCUACAUAUUUGAACUUUUUUCUAUGAAGUCUGCUUCAUGAAAGCGGUAUAUCAUUAAUUUCUAUACCUCCAGCAUUAAAUACUUCACUUAAAAUUGCCAGAUGAGGUCGUACACCAACAUUGAACCUUGUUGCUGGAAUACCAGUACAUUCGAUGAGCUUUUUAACAUUCACUGCUAGAUUUAUCUCCAAAAUUGUACCUAGAAACAUCAAAAUGGGACAAAAUAAUACACAUCUAAAGAAACAUGAAAACAUUCUUUAUAGCCAAGAAUUUAAGUUAAAUUUUAGUGAAAGUGUUGGAGUAGAUUGGAAAACACUGGGUCGUAGAUUAAACAUUGAAGACAAUUAUUUAGAGAUGAUUGAUCAUGAUGAAUCCAAAACCCCUGAAAAAGCAUAUUCAAUGUUAACUACUUGGAUGCGAAUGAAUGAUAAUCCAUCACUUAAGGAGUUAAAAACAGCUUUAAGAAAAAUGAGGAGAAUGGAUCUAAUUAGAAAAAUUGAUAAAUUUACAAAAACUUUGAGUUCACCAGAAAGUUCUUCCAGAACUUCUUCUAAGAAAGAAACUUCGAGUUUACCAGAAAGUUCUACCAGAACUUCUUCUAAGAAAGAUAUAUCAGAGAUAUGCACAGCACUCAAAAGUUUCUAUCUUACAAAUUAUGGGAAAAUAAAUGAAGUUCAAGUACCACUAAAAUCACCUGCAAAUGUUGAUUUAAUGCAUAAAUUCGUUGAUCUAUGUAUUGUUGAUGCAGUCAAUGCUCAAACAGAUACUGUAUUAAGUGAACGAAAAGAAUUUCUUGAAAAGCAAUUGCGUUACACACCAAUUCCAUAUAGUGAAAUAUUUAUGAAAGAUAAAUCUGUAACAAUAAUAUCUGGAAUAGCUGGUAUUGGGAAAACAUGGUUGCUUAGAAAAUGUUUGCUUGAUUGGUCAAAUGGUCUAAUUUGGAAAAAUGUUAAACUUGUGUUUUAUUUGGAAUGCAGAAGGCUUAAUCAAUAUCAAAAUAUUUCUAAUAUUCAUGAAUUACUAAAUGUUUUCUACAAAGAUAUUAUAAAUGAUUUUGAUAUUAGUACUCAUUCUACGCUGUUUAUAAUUGAUGGAUUAGAUGAGUUUAAAUAUUUACAUGAACUAAUAAAUUGCAGUUCGAGUAGUAACUAUCCAAUUGUUAAUGUUUUAACAGAAAUUCAAAAAUAUAAAUAUGUAGUUGCUGGUAGAGUUUAUGCAAUUGAUCAGUAUCAAAGUAUAUCUACAGAGGAUUGUGAUAAGAUAAACAUUCAAAUUAUGGGAUUUAAUGAAGAUGGAAUAGAUAAUUAUAUAGAAAAUAAUGUUUUAAAGGAAAAAAAAGAUGUUGUGAAAGCAACUUUGAAGGAAUCUGCAAUUGCAAAAUCAAUGUCAUCUGUUCCAUUUUAUUUAUCUUUCAUGUGUAAAAUUAUUAGUAUUUCAAAAAAUUUAUACAAAAAUUAUUUUUUAACAAUGACAGACUUGUAUGCAAAUAUUUUUUUACACUUUUUGCAAAAACACAUUAUCAAAAACAAUGAAUCGGUUUCUCAAUUUAUGGAAAACAAUUUCAAUAAAAAAUAUGUUUUAAACAUUUGUAAAAUUGCGUAUCAAUUGUUUGUUGAAAAUAAAGUAAUUUUUUCCAAAGAAGACAUUCAAACUUUUAUCAUUGACUUCGAUAAAAAUGAAAAAACUUUUUUUGGAUUUAUUGAAAGGAUUGAAACAAGUCUAGGUGAAUAUAUUUAUCAAUUUGCGCAUUUGACAAUAAUGGAGUUUUGUGCAUCUAUAUAUGCAUAUAAUUGUUUAAGUAGUGAAGAGAUUAUGACCAAUGAAAAGUUAAUGAGUUGUUUAUCAAUGAUUUGUGGUUUAACCAAUAAAAAUAAAAAUAGUUCCUUAAAGUUUCUUGUUAACCUGAAUCCUUUAAAACAAACUUGUGAAGAUUCUUUAUUUUUGUUUUCUAUUUUUGAUCGUCUACUUAAAUUAUCUCGUCAAAGAAAUAAAGACUAUAAAGAUUAUUAUUAUUACGUUAAUUUAUUCAUUGAAUGUUUUUAUGAAAGUCAAUCAUCAUUAACUGAUGAAAUAAAAUUAAUCGUCGAUGAACGAGAGUGGAAGAUUUUGAUUCACAAUGGAAAAACUUCUUACGAAACUUCUUGUGAAAAUUAUUUCGUAAAUCAUUACAUUAAAUCUGGAAGAAAGUUAUCGGAGUUACAUUUUGUUCAUAAAAAUAUUUUAAGUGAUGAAGAAAAAAAUCUUAUAAUUCAAUGUUCAACAAAUGUUCGCGAUGUCGACUUUUAUUGUCCAAUUAAAAUAGAAGGAUGGAAACCGAAAGAUAAGAUUGAAGAGUUGUGGAUAAACAUCGAACUUUAUUUAAUAACCAAAAAAGAUUUUGAAGAAAUUUUUCUUCCGUGGAUUAAUCUUUGUGAAGGAUUAAGUCUUGAACUUCACGACGACAUCGAUUUCAUUGAAGAGAUUUGUGAAUGGAUUCGUUGUUUGAAUCUCAAGAGGUUGUUGAUCAUCUACCGUGGAGAAGAUUUUGAUAACCUCGAUGAAUUAAAAAACUUUAUAACACAGUAAAUAGUGAGAAAAAUUUAGAAUAAUUUUUACACAGUAAAAAUUAUUCUAAAAAGAUUUUUUAAUUUUUCAACAACUUCU